UAAAAAAGGUUUAGAAUAAGAAAGAACUAAUCUUGCACUAUGAUAGGCCCUCAAUUAACCUUACGUAUGCCAGGAAGAGGAAAGGUCAACAAUCGGCUAAGGGGGGAAAAUAAUUGAACAAUUAAUCACAUGGGGGCAAUUAUAGCUGCAGGGAAUAAGGAGAGUCUUGAGGCAUUUAUAGCUAUGUCAGUUAGGAAUAAGAGUGUUGGGCAUUUAUAAUUUGGCCAGCUGGGCAUUUAUUGAGGGAGUCAGUUAUGCUGUGAGAAGAGUAUAAGAAGGGGCUUUGGGGGAUGGGGGAGGGAGGCUUUUGUGGAGUGAAGAAUACUGUGAGUGAUUGGGAGAGCCAGUGGUCUCUCGAAGAACCGACCAACUGUUAAUGUUCUUCUUUUCAUCUGAAUGAAUACCAGUUUCUUUGUUGAUGUUCGAGUUGUGUGAAUUCUGCUGUGAAUCUGAAAAUUGUGUGUAAAGUUUCUGGGACAUAACAGUGGUAUUAGAGCUCGUCUUUCCUCGGCCAUGGUGACAGGUAAGGAAGUGGCAUCGCAGGUGGAGGGUUUCGAAGAACGUUUGACUUCUCUGCAUUCUGAAUUUCGUGGGGAGAUGGAUAGCUUACGCAAUGAGAUUCUGCGUCUCGAUCCAGAAAAGGUAGCAGCUGGACUUUCGAAGAUCUCGUCUCUGGAAGGAGGCAUUCAAGAGCUGGUAAGACAUUUUGAUCUAUUGCUUCAGCAACAGACCUUUUCAGCUCCUUUGUCUACAACUAACAUUGCUCCUCCUUUAGUCGCAUCAAGUCAUGCGGCUGACAAAGGGAAGAGUGCAGCUUUUUUGACGUCUUCUUCAAUGUCGGUGUCAGAUCAUACUUCUGAUUCACUUCCUCGGAAGUUGGAGUUACCUAUUUUUUAUGGGGAAAAUCCAGACGGCUGGCUUUUUCGUGCGGAGCGCUAUUUUGAGAUUAAUGGAUUUUUUCCGGCAGGGCGUCUGCGAGCUGCAGUUGUCUGUUUAGAGGGCAAUGCAUUGGCGUGGUAUUACCAGGAAGUUGGCCGGCGACCUUUUCGUGGUUGGACAGAAUUAAAAGAGCUUCUCCUUGAACGUUUCCGAUCGACUCAGGAGGGUAAUUUACAGGAGCAACUCUUCUCGUUACAUCAGUCUUCUACUGUUAAGGGAUAUCGUCGCCAAUUCGAGGUGCUCUCCGCUCCCUUACAUGACCUUCUGGAAUCAAUCCUUGAAGCAGCAUUUGUUAAUGGGUUGCACAACCCUUUCCUGAACGGUGCCAUGAAGUGGGGUGACUGGUAUAGAACUAAAGACUUGGUACUUAAGGGCUCUAAUUGGAUUGUCAAUGAAAUGAAGAAAUCUGGUCUUCGAGGCCGUGGUGGAGCUGCUUUUCCAUCUGGCCUGAAGUGGUCUUUCAUGCCAAAAGUAUCUGAUGGCUGUCCUUCUUAUCUUGUUGUCAAUGCUGAUGAGAGUGAGCCAGGAACAUGUAAGGACAGAGAAAUUAUGCGCCAUGAUCCACAUAAACUACUAGAGGGUUGCCUGAUUGCAGGGGUUGGUAUGCGGGCCACUGCUGCUUAUAUCCACAUAAGGGGAGAGUAUGUAAAUGAGCAGAAAAACCUUGAGAAGGCAAGGAGGGAAGCUUAUCAAGCUGGACUUUUGGGAAAAAAUGCAUGUGGAUCCAGAUACGAUUUUGAUGUUCAUAUCCACUAUGGAGCUGAUGCUUACAUUUGUGGAGAAGAGACGGCAUUGUUGGAAAGCCUUGAAGGAAAACAAGGAAAACCAAGGUUGAAGCCUCCUUUUCCAGCUAAUGCAGGGCUAUAUGGAUGUCCAACAACUGUUACAAAUGUUGAAACUGUGGCUGUUUUCCCCACCAUUUUAAGGCGUGGUCCUGAAUGGUUUGCUAGUUUUGGCAGGAAGAACAAUUCUGGGACAAAGCUAUUCUGUUUCUCAGGCCACGUGAAUAAGCCUUGUACAGUUGAAGGGGAGAUGAGUAUUCCCUUGAAGGAGCUGAUAGAGAGGCACUGUGGAGGAGUUAGAGGUGGAUGGGAUAAUUUGCUUACAGUGAUACUAGGGGGUUCUUCUGUUCCACUGAUUCCAAAGCACAUAUGUGAUGAUGUGUUGAUGGAUUAUGAUGUUAUGGUCCCGCGCGUAGGAUCCCAUCACGGGUCGGCCCACGGUGCGAAAGCCCUGCUUUUCCUUGCACAUUCCCUUGCGUGCAGACCCUAUUGCGGCAAUCGCGUGGGUGAUUUUUUCUUUGUUGAUGUUCGAGUUGUGUGA